AAGCUACACCAGUGGCCUGUGUGGUGACUCCGCCUCCUGCUUUUCUGGCCAACUUUUAUGCAGUGCCGGGUACAGGCAGCACCAGUUUCGCAGCAGGGAUCAAGGCUCAGAGCAGGAGGCCGAGAGGUGAUGAUGGAGGUCGUGGAAGGACUCUCAGGGAGACCCCAGCUGCUGCCAUGGGGAGCUGGGAUCAUUGCUCUGGUUGUGACAAUAGUGACUGUGUGGUCCCUGCCCUCCCUGAUGGAACACUGGAGGCAAUGGUGGAUAAUGAAGCCGAUCCCGGGUGUCAGCCCCUGCUAUCCUGUGGUGGGAAAUGCCCUGCUCUUCGAGCGGAAAGGAGAAGAUUUUUUUAAACAGCUACAGUUUUAUACUGAAGAGUUCAGAAGUAAGCCAUUGUUCAAAUUUUGGAUAGGACCAGUGCCUUUCCUGUUUUUGUAUCACCCUGACAGUGUGGAGGUUAUUCUGAACAAUUCAAAACAUAUAGAAAAAUCAUAUGUGUACAAAUUCCUGCAUCCAUGGCUGGGCACUGGACUUCUGACAAGCACUGGAGACAAGUGGCGGUCACGGAGGAAGAUGAUAACUCCCACAUUCCACUUUUCAAUCUUGAGUGACUUUCUAGAGGUCAUGAAUGAACAAGGAAAUAUUUUGGUGAAGAAACUUGAGAAGCAUGUUGACAAGGAGCCAUUUGAUGUCUUUAUGGACAUCACUCUGUGUGCCCUUGAUAUUAUUUGUGAAACAGCAAUGGGCAGGAAUUUGGGUGCCCAGAAUAAUAAGGAUUCUGACUAUGUUUCUGCUGUCUACAGGAUGAGUGAUCUAAUCCAACGGCGACAGAUGGGCCCUUGGCUUUGGCCUGACUUUUUGUAUGUAUUGUUCAAACAAGGAAGAGAGCACAAGAGGAAGCUCAACAUCCUUCACAAUUUUACAAAUACGGUAAUUGCAGAAAAAGCUGAAGAACUUAAAAACACUCAGCAAAAGAAACAUGAUAAUGAUGGUAACUCUGAAGAAAGUGGUUCCAAAAAGCGAAAAGCAUUCCUGGACAUGCUGCUGAACGCAACAGAUGAUGAAGGGAAAAAAUUGAGCUACAGGGACAUUCGUGAGGAAGUAGAUACUUUCAUGUUUGAGGGCCAUGAUACAACAGCAGCUGCUAUUAACUGGGUCUUGUACUUGCUCGGACAUAAUCCAGAAAUUCAGAAGAAGGUUCACGGGGAAUUGGACGAGGUGUUUGUCAAUACUGAACGUCCUGUUACAACGGAGGAUUUGAAGAAUCUUCGAUACCUUGAAUGUGUUGUGAAAGAAGCUCUUCGUCUCUACCCUUCAGUUCCCAUAUUUGCCCGUACCUUGAGAGAGGAUUGCUGCAUUAGGGGAUAUCAGAUACCAAGAGGUGCAAAUGUCGUCAUUUUAACUUAUGCCCUGCAUAGAGACCCUGAGGCCUUCCCUGACCCGGAGGAGUUUAGGCCUGAGCGAUUCUUCCCUGAAAAUUCUAAGGAAAGGCACCCAUAUUCUUAUGUGCCCUUCUCAGCUGGUCCCAGGAACUGCAUUGGUCAGCGCUUUGCACAAAUGGAGGAGAAAACUCUUCUAGCCCUCAUCCUGCGGCGCUUUUGGGUGGAAUCAUGUCAAAAGCCAGAAGAGCUUGGUUUAUGUGGAAACUUGAUUCUUCGUCCAAAUAAAGGCAUCUGGAUUAAACUGAAGAGGAGACCAAAUGCUGGAUCAAAAUGAAAGGAAUUUCAAGAGUUUACUUCCCAAAGUUUUCAAUCUAUUUAGGCUGAGACAUAUUUUAAAAUUAAAUAUUUUGAUGUCAGUCCAGCAAUUUGUUAAAACUAGUUGCUAUUGUUUUAUUUGAAAAGAUGUAGUAAUAGCCCUAGUUGCUCUACUUUUAUAGUGCUUGUGAACUUCACGUUAAUCUUUGAAAUGCAAGUCUUUAAUCCUUAAAUUUUAGUGCCUUAUUGGCUCAGAUUAAACUAUUAUAUUGCCACAGUGCCAAAAAAACUAAGCAAUGGUAAUAACAACAGCAAUGCCUGUGAUGAAGUGAUCAGCUUACAUGCCAUAGUAUUUUCCAAGUAACUGGAAGUCUCAAGUGUUUGUAAGGUUUUCAGGAUUCUUUGUUUCUGAAAAAUACAAGUGAUAAUCCUUCUUCUUGGCACAAUUUUUUUUUUGUUUUUUUGUUUUGGUGAUGACUACCUCUGUAAAGACCAUGCAAAUAUCUCUGAUAAUUUCAUUCCUUCUUGGUAAGCGUUUAAAGUAGUUUGUAAGGAUUAAUCUCUGAAUUAUUUUUUAGCAAACUGUACCAAAAGCAUUAAUGUGUAUAACCAUAGCAGGAACUAGACUGUAUGCAAAUUACACACAGGAUUUCAUAAUGACAAAAGCAAUGUAUUAUUACAAACUUUGAGAUAAACUCUUACUAUGCCUCAGUGUGGACUGAAAUUUUACCUGUUGAAAUUGCAUGCCUGUGUGCAGGUAAAUUGCUGAUGAAUAAUUGUUUCUUAGCAUCAGUUCCUGUAGGGUGAUCAAUCAUCUAUAUUUUACUGUGCUGGUCAAAGCUGAAAUAAUGAGCCAGUGUGCUCUUGCCUUCUAGUGCCCUGAAGGCAACAUACAGAGUUUUUAGCUAAUAGGUGUUGAAGAGGAAUUACAGAGAUGGAAUGAAGUGCCUGUCAAAGUUUCUGAUUGUACCUUCAUGACAGGUCAAAGUCUGCUAGAGGCCAUACAGCUGGAGAGCACACUCUCCAUGAUUUUUGCAAGCUCUGAAGAAAAAGCUGGUGCUAAACCAAGCUGAUGUCCUCUAGCUGGUCUGGCUUCAGUUGUGCCCUGUGCUUUGGGGCUUCUUUUGACCGGUGUGUGUUGCUCCAGCACCAUGCCUGGUGCCGUACGAGGAGGGGCGCCCACCCAUAACCACACUUCUGCCUUUAGUUGUUCUUGCCACUUGGCACCGAGGGCUUUUGGUGUGUGGUUGCCUUUAGGUUGUUCUUGGGCUGUGGGCAGCCUGCAGAGGGGGACUGGAUGAGAAGCUGGAGGUCAGAGCUGAUAGGACUAAUAUGGACUGGUCCAGAAAUGAUAAAAAUGUUAAAAAGUAGGAAAGGAGUAAUCUGUUCUUACUCAAUUUGCUGAUAUUUACAGAUUUUUUUCUCUUGUCUGUUUUUGUGUUUCCUUUUAACACUUAGUCACUUAAUACCUGGGAUACUGCUGUACUUUGCAGAAUAUAAUAAUAAUGACAAAAUAAUUUAUAUUUGUUCCAAAUAAAUUAGAGGUUUCCUUGAACCUGCCAAAUUCUUUGUAUUCUGAUAAGCCUAGUUUUUAUCAUUUUCUGAGGAUCUUCUAAAAAGAAAGUGUGUAACAAUUAGUUUAAAAAAAAUGAAAUCACAAAUCUUGACAAAUAGUCUAUAAUCACUAUCUUUUUUUUACCAUUAAGACAAAAGAGCCUUUAGCAAUAGUAACACUUGCCUUCUUCAGCCUUCUUUUUCAAAUAUAGGUCUCAUUGCUGUAUAAUACCAAGAAUUUCAGUUACCAGGGCUGAAUCUAAACAUUGUCUUCUUUAUAAUGAGAACUUUUGAGACCACCUCCAUAUGUUAAUGUAUAUAAUACACAUGACACAUGUUUUCCAAAGAGACUCUAAAUUCAGGAAUUAUUUCAUGGUUUUACAUAAUUGGCAGUGUGAAUUUUCAAGGUAAAUAAGAUUAGCAUCCAGAAUAUGUUUUCUCAGGACAUUUGGCAUGUAGCUGAAACCUGGAGAGGUACUUCAUGUCUUAAGCUAUGUACUUAAGUUAAGGAAUUUCAAGAUGAAUGAAAACUAAUAUUACUUCCUUUUCUUCUGUCAGAUCUGUUUUGUGGAAAAUAUUUGUAAGAUAGACCAAAUUAUAACAUUUUUUUCCAUAAGAUGAUUCUUAUGACUUCUAUCUGCACUGACCAAUAUUUUUUCUUGCACUUUGCUUUUGUACCAUGCUCUUCUCACAUAAUGUGUGUAUAUCUCCUAUAAUUUCUUUAUACUCUCCAAAAGGGAUGAGAAAAUAAUUGAGACAAAAACUGGAAAAAAACUAUAAAAAGAAACUCAUUAUGAAAAGUGCAUGGGCUCAAACACUGGCACGAGGAUGCCAAUGUGAAAAAUCCCUGUUUAGUGAUGCAAAAAGUGGCUUUGCCAAGAUGAGCACUGAUGUAAUCCUAUAAUCUUUGUGUUCUGAGCUGUUAUGAAAUAGCAGUGAUCUCUUAUCUUCUGUUGUGAAAACUGGUUCUGAAGCAAUCUGAUGCUGCUAAGGGAAUAAAUAUUGAGGAAAACAGUACUGACCAUACAGCCAACUUCGUAUCUAAUGGGUAGAUGUUAAAUACCUUGCAUUGUCUAGUGUGUUUUUAUUAGGUUAAAUCAUGUGGUGUGUAGCUCUUGGUAGUGGUCAGCAGCAAUGCUCUGGAUGUGGGGGUUUGUUUUUUGGUUUCAUGUGGGUUUUUUUGUUUGAUUUGGAGUUUUAUUGUGCGUGUGUGAGGUGGUUUUCCUGUAGGAUUGCAGAAUGCAGCACAGCAUUGCCAGGUUUCCUGAUAAAAUAAUGGGACAAUAAAAGAUUGUGUAAUAAAAUCUGCAUGGUGCAUAGUA